AUGCAGCAUAGACAGAUAGUGAAUCUGAUGGAAUGGCAGAAACAGGUUCAGAAUGAGAAUGUUGAUGCCAACAAUGGGAAGGUUAUAAUGACUGACGAGCAGUUGGAAACUCUAAGUAAACAAAUUGCCAACAAUGGGAAGAUUAUUAUGACUAAUGAGCAGUUGGAAACUCUGAGGAAACAAAUCGCAGCUUAUGCCAACAUUUCAGAGCAACUACUUCAGAAGCACAAAACACUCUCAGUUCAGUUUACCGAGCAGAAACCUAGUGGAAUAGUGGGAGAUAUAUGCAGUGACCCAUUAACCCACAAGAGGUGGACUCCAACACUCAAGCAGCUUCAGAUUCUUGGGCGAAUAUUUGAGGAGGGGAAAGGGAUGGGAAUUACAAACAAGGAAAAAAUCAAGGAGAUAACUACUGAACUGAGCCAGCAUGGCCAAAUAUCUGAAAGUAAUAUUUAUAAUUGGUUUCAGAACAAGCGAGCUCGACUGAAAAGAAAACAGCAUAAGUAG